AUGGCAGGCGAAGUUCGCCAGCCGAUAAACCUAGCCUCGCUAGAGAAGUUCAUCAAGAGCAAUGUCCCCGAGAUCAAAACCCCCUUAACAAUCAAACAAUUCGGUUUCGGCCAAAGCAACCCAACCUACCUCCUCACCUCCCCCACCGGCUCGCGCUAUGUCCUUCGCAAAAAGCCUCCCGGAAAGCUCCUCUCCAAAACCGCGCACCAAGUCGACCGCGAACACCGCAUCAUCCACGCGCUCGAGGCCACCGACGUCCCAGUCCCAAAGGCAUACUGCCUAUGCGAAGACUCCAGCGUCAUUGGAAGCCCCUUCUACAUCAUGUCCUUCCUCGACGGUCGCAUCUUCGAGAAGCCCUGGUUCCCGGGCGUCAGUCCGGAGGAGCGGAGGGAGAUGUGGCACGAUGCCGUGCGCACGCUUGCGAAAUUGCAUCGGCUUGAUCCUGCUGCUAUAGGCUUGGCGACGUUUGGGAAGCCCGCCGGGUUUUACAACCGCCAGAUCAAAACCUUUACCGCGCUCAGCGCCUCGCAAGCCGCCAUCACCGACGUUGAGACCGGGGAGCCUGUGGGCCAGAUCCCGCGUCUCGAAGCUCUGCUCGCGUUCUUCGCGGACCCCAGUAGACAGCCAAAGGAUAGAGGCGUCCCCAUCCACGGCGAUUACAAGAUCGACAACCUCGUCUUCCACAAAACCGAACCACGCGUCAUCGGGAUCCUAGACUGGGAGAUGGCAACAAUAGGCCACCCGCUCAGCGACCUCUGCAACCUCAUUGCUCCGUGGACAAUCACGUCCUACUCGCCCGACUGCGCCCGCAUGCACUCGAACCCCGCCUUCCGGCCCGGCCACGCCGAGUUUCCGGGACUGCCGAGCCAGGAGCAGUGCAUAAAGUGGUAUGCGGAGGUCGCGGGGUGGGAUCCGAGGAGCGAGUUGGGGUGGGGAAAGGCGUUUGCGGCGUUUAGGGAUAGUGUCAUUUUUCAGGGGAUUGCGGCGAGGUUUGCGACGAGGCAGGCGAGUAGUAAGGAUGCGUAUAGGUAUGGGCAGGAGAUGAGGCCGUUUGCUGAGAUUGCGUGGAGGUUGGUUGAGGAGGCGAGGGAGGAGGGCGAGGUGAGGGCGAGGUUGUAG